UUUUCCUUUUUCCUUUUUCCUUUUUGGGUUGAAAUUCAUCGUGUUUAAUAUUGCACAUAUGAUAAAGGAGGACCUUUUAUUUCUUCUACGACUCCUGCAUCAUCUUCCCCUCUUCCUUCUCCCUCUUUUCCUUUCUUCCCCUCGCCAAAAAGAUCUAGGGUUAGGGUUUUCGGCUUUGGGACUGAGUACCACAUCAACCCUCUGUAGGAAUCUUCAACGAGGUCCGCUCUUGCUUCACUCGGCCUACGGUAAUGGUUUAGAAAGCAAAAAGACAGCCUUGUGCUCCUCUGAUGCGAUGGAGUUUCAUGCCAAGCCCCAUCCUCCUAACUUGGAUGAUGUACAAGUAGAUUGUAACUGGGAAGAUGUGACUUGCCCUAUUUGUCUGGAUUUCCCUCACAAUGGGGUCAUGCUUCAGUGCUCUUCUUAUGACAAGGGAUGCCGGCCUUUCAUGUGUGAUACUAACCAGGCCCAUUCAAACUGUCUUGAGCGCUUCAAAAGUGCAUAUGGGAUGCCUAUUGUUGUCAAAGUCACAUCAACAACACAUGGGGCCACUGUAGUUUGUAUUCAAGACAUCUCUUCAAACUCGGGCAGCCGACCUGCCUGCCCACUAUGUAGAGGGGAUGUAACUGGUUGGGUUGUUAUCGACAAGGCCCGUGUAUACUUGAACAUGAAGAAGCGAUGCUGUGAAGAGAAGCAGUGUUCAUACAUUGGAAAUUUUACUGAGCUGCAAAAGCACGCUGAGCUAAAGCAUCCUCAUUCGUGCCCUUCAGAGAUUGACCCUGCUCGACAACUUGAUUGGGAUAACUUCCAGCAGUCUACAGAGAUUAUAGAUGUUUUGAGCACUAUACAUGCAGAAGUACCACACGGGGUGGUUUUAGGUGACUAUGUCAUCGAGUAUGGUGAUGCUGAGACCGGAGACGAGCAUGAAGAUUUCCCUCGGAGCAGGGGUAACUGGUUGACGUCUUGCAUAUCUUGUAAGGUAUUCCAUAGAGGUCCAAGAAGCCGACAAAGAUCCAGACGAAGUGGAAGAAGAAGCAGUGAUCAUUCGGGCUCUGAUGGUUCAAAUGUCGGUGAAAACUCUACAAGAUCAGUAGAUAUAAGAGGCUUCAGAUUUGUUGAGACUGAUGACGAGCUUCCAAGAACAGGUGGCAGUAACACAGAAUCCAUUGUGAUUCCAAACCACUAUCGGUAGGAUAUGGAAGCCAUAGAUCCCAGUUUUAUGAUAAUCGACCACUGUGAAUGUGUUGCAGUGGGCAGUGGUUCAUCCAUGGGUGGACACUUGUUUUGACUCUGUUAGAUCUCAGUUCUAUCUUCUACAUUGAAUUUUCGCCAGCUAGUCAUCAAUUCCUCUGUUCAUAUUACUGGCUAGUAGUGAAAUACAUCCUGUUAUAUUGUUCGAAUUUAAACCAGAUGUCAAUGUGGUCAAUGUACUUUUUUUUUGUUAAAAUCCCUGAUAUCUUGUGAAAUGUGUGUUUAAUAUGUUUCAGCAAAGGUUACUUGGCUAGAAGUAGCUUGUGUAAAUCGAAAGGUGUUAUGACAUCUUAGAAAUAAAUUCUGUUGGAUGAGCCACGGGUGCGGUAUCAACAAAGUCUUCGUAUGAUGAAAGGAGAACCAGCUGUCAAGAGAGUCUCUCAAGCCGGUGGAAAAGAGAGAGAGAACAAGAGGAUUAGAAUGGACGCCAGGUUAUCGGUUCAGCCACUCAGUCAUUUCGAUGCUCAAGUAAGAUUUUAAGUGGGAAGAUAGAGAAGAUGAAUACUAAACAAGAGUAUGUAAUUGUAUGCAAAGUGUAUGCAUCCGUCCCGGGAGAGCGGACUUCCUUUAUAUAAUACCUCUCUCUAAAUAUUAAUUGGUUAGGAGAUGUUUGACAUAUUCUGAUAAAGGAGAUGUUUUCAUAAUCA